UGAAACGAGUCAGAAUACCGACUCGCUUAAAAAUUACUUAAAAGCACAUGUCUAAUAUCAAAAUUUAAUAAAUCGGUAUUAAAUAAUACAGAAGCGUUUUGAAUAACAGUAUAUCGUGUUCGUGUGUGUGUAUUACAUUUUAUUGUAAAAAAUACGUUCUAUGUGUGUGAUAAUUAAAAAAUUUAAGAAAAAUGUUGUUUUCUAAAAUUAUAAAAAAUAGAUUUUCCUGUAGCAAUACAGUUAGAUCUUUAUCAACAAUUGGAGAAUCAAAUUUCAAGCCACCACAAUAUGAAGGUCCAACAUAUGAAGAAAUUUUGCACAUAAAAAAGCAGCAUUUAACUCCGAAUAUACUUUCGUAUUACAAAAAACCUUUAUUGAUUCACAGUGGCCAUAUGCAAUGGCUUUACGAUCACACUGGCAAAAAUUAUUUGGAUUUGUUUGGAGGAAUCGUUACAGUAUCAGUUGGACACUGUCAUCCGAAAAUUACGAAAGCUCUUGAAGAACAAAUAAAAAAAUUAUGGCAUACCACAAAUAUUUACAUGCAUCCAAAAAUUCAUGAAUAUGCAGAAAAAUUAACAUCAAAAUUUCCAGGAGAUCUAAAGGUUGUAUAUUUUGUGAACUCAGGAUCUGAAGCUAAUGAUUUAGCUAUACUUCUAUCAAGAAUUUACACAGGAAACUUUGAUAUUCUUUCUUUUCAAAAUGCAUAUCAUGGCAUGUCACCAUCCACAAUGGGUUUAACUGCACACUCGACCUGGCGUUAUAAGUUACCGGGGGCCAAUCUAGGAAUUCACCAUGUAAUGAAUCCAGACCCAUUCUCAGGAAUAUGGGGUGGUUCAAAUUGUCGUAAUUCUAUAAUUCAAACUUUAAGACAAUGCGAGUGCACAAAUAAGUCUGAAUGUAUGGCAACUACUAAGUACUAUAAGCAAUUGGAGAAUGUUCUUAAAUAUUCUUUACCACAAAAAAAUGUUGCUGCAUUGUUUGCUGAAUCAAUUCAAGGGGUCGGUGGUACAGUACAAUUCACCAAGGGAUAUAUUAAAAAAGCCGCUGAAUUAGUAAGAACAAACGGAGGUUUAUUGAUUUCCGACGAAGUUCAAACCGGAUUUGGAAGAACUGGCGAACACUUUUGGGGUUUUCAAGAUCAUGACGUAAUUCCAGAUAUUGUAACUAUGGCGAAGGGUAUUGGAAAUGGAUUUCCUUUAGCAGCUGUAGUGACUACGCCUAAAAUCGCAAAAUGCCUAAAUCAAGCUUUCCAUUUCAAUACAUAUGGAGGAAAUCCUUUAGCUUCUGCAGUUGGUAUUGCCGUUUUAGAUGUCAUUGAGCAUGAAAAGCUUCAGGAAAACUCAGCCAAAGUUGGAACAUAUUUUCUAAAACAAUUGGCCAAAUUAAGAGAUAAAUAUAUGGUUAUCGGGGAUGUACGAGGAAAAGGACUAAUGAUUGGAGUUGAAUUAGUUAAUGAUCGUGAUAGUAAUUCUCCCUUAAGCAUAGAACAUGUUUUAGAUAUUUGGGAAAAAAUUAAGGACCUUGGGGUUUUGAUCGGACGUGGAGGUUUAUAUGGAAAUGUGUUUAGAAUCAAACCUCCAAUGUGCAUAUCAAUCGAAAAUGUGGACAUGGCUAUUGAAAUAUUUGAUAAGGUUUUAUAUGAAUUUGAAAAAGGACAAGGAAAGAUAUAAUUUCUUCUCAAUUUAUUGAAUUCGCAUUCAUUUGAUUAUAAAUUUAAAAUUUUAUUAUACUAUGAUUUUAAACCAAAUAAUUUAUAUGUGUAUAUAUUAAAAAAAAUAAAUAUUUACGUAUGUAUUAUGUA